UUUGUCUGUGUGAAGAUGCAGCUGUGCUUCUCUGAAGAACAUCCACGCAGCCUCUUGUAAGAGUUUGUUCCACCUAGUUUUUUUGUUUGUUUGUCUGUUUACCCUGGGAACUGUAACAUUCAAGUUUUUUUAAGAGGAUGAACAUUUACUAAAGGCUUGAAAGUCUCCCUGAGUGCAGGAUGGACCUUGAACAUUUGAUGAUUAUGCUGCUCUGUGCAGCUGCUAUGACAGUUUCUGCAGAUUUAAUGAUGAACGAGAGCAGCCAAGCCAGCAUGUGGAGCAGACAGAACCUGCCAAAGCUGCUUUUGACACAAACUAAACACUUAAGCACACCUUUGUUUAAAGGGAGGCAGGCAAAUGAAAGCAGUGGGGGGUCUGAGGUGUUUUGUGGAAUUGAGUGUCAGAGCACCUUACCACCAUUAGACCAAACCACUCAGGAGAGGAUUCUGGGAUAUGAGACUCUGCAUGAAAGUGGUACUUGCACACAUACUGAUGUCAGUCUGCAGUGGAUCAAAACGACUUUUGCACAACCAAUGACUCCCUUGCCUGCUCACACUCGCAAAAAGCGGCAAGUUUACGGGGAGGAUGGACGAUUUGUUAUCUCGGAUUCUCAGUUUAUCACCACCUACCCUUUCUCCACCGCUGUUCGCAUCUCUGCAGGUUGUUCUGGAGUCCUGGUUUCCCCAAAACAUGUGUUGACAGCAGCACAUUGCAUCCAUGAUGGUAUGGACUAUUUAGAAGGAGCCAGAAAGCUUAAAGUUGGGCUGUUAAAGCUCAAGAAAAAGAGGGGGAAAAGAAAAAGAAGAGGGGGACGACGGAGGUAUGGGAAACAUGUAGAGAGCAUGAGAGUUGAGUUGAAUGGGAAGAAUAAACACUUUGAAAAGAUCAAGAGAAGGAGGGAUGAAAGCAGAAGCCACAGAGGAAGAAAACGUGCUGGAAGGAGGGCAGCUGAUGGACCAAGGAAUAGUUUUGCAAACAGAGAAAAAGGGAACCAAAAUGGUUUUAACCGUGUGCCACGCAGUGUAGGAUCCAGAUCACGACUGCAGCCUGUUUUCCGUUGGACUCCCAUAGAAAAAAUCCACAUCCCUCAGGGGUGGAUUCACACCAACAGCUCCCCAGUUUUUGUCUUCUCUGACUAUGAUUACGCUCUCCUGGAGCUGAAACGGCCAGUCAAGCAGAAGCACAUGGAGCUUGGAGUGGCACCCUCUUCUGCAUCUCUGGGACGAAUCCACUUCUCCAGCCACGACAUCGACAAAAGCCUCCUGGACGGAUUCGGAGAGAAGAACGUGGUUUAUCGUUUUUGCUCAGUGACAAAGGAGUCGGAUGAUUUGAUAUAUCAACACUGUGAUGCUCAGCUAGGAGCCACAGGAGCAGGGAUUUACAUCCGCCUGAGACAAGAAGAGGAUGGAAAUGGAAGGAAAGCUAAGUGGCAGAGGAGGGUGAUCGGGGUGUUUUCAGGCCAUCGGUGGGUGCAGGUGGAGGAAGGUAAGAAUAGGGAUUACAAUGUGGCAGUGAGGAUUACACCUCUCAAAUAUGCCCAGAUCUGCCUCUGGAUUCAUGGAGAUUCAAGUUUUUGUCAAAAUAUUUAAACCAAGGAGAUGAAAGAAGGAAAAUAUAAACAUUUGUGGAAACGUUAAGUAAUUCUUUAUAAACUCGAGUCAACGUUGAGCAUUUAGUAAAAAGGGAAUUUUUUGUAAAACUAUAUUUCCAUUUUUUUUAUCAUGAAUGAUUUUUUUAGGUGGAUUAUCUUCUAUCCUCAUCAACAAAAGAGAAAAGUAUGUAUUAUCCCUUAAAGUACAAUAAUAGUAAUGUUGUUUGAUGUUAGAUAUGAUGGAACAUGUUUUUAUUGCAACACAUACAUUUCAUGUUCUGUACGCCAUUUGCAUGCUUGUAAAAUCUUUUCAUAUCUUCAAAAUAAAGUCUCUCUAUUGAAAAAGA